AUGUGCUUCCGCUCCUGCUUUAGCACCUGCAAAUCCACCACACCAGAAACCAGAAGCAUUUUCUUCUGGAAAAGAAACAACCGUUCGCUUCUUUACGAAUACCCACUCGGAACAUUCGUCGAGGCUAUCGCAGUUCGCCCUAAUGGCGAGCCUCUUCUUACACUGCCUUAUAAUUCUUCAGUCCAUAGCAUUGACCCCCUGUACUCAAACUAUACCCCGAAAGUUGUGCAUAAUUUCGAUGGCCUCACCAUAUUUGGCAUCACCGAGUAUGAUCGUGAUAUCUACGCCGUAAAUGGUGGCGGCUUCUCUUCGAGUACAGGUCCAGUCAUUGGCACUUAUCGUGUCGAUUCUUUAAAUUUAACGCAGACCACAGCAACGUCGUCCACCAUUGCAAACAUUUCUUCAGGUCAAUUUCUCAACGGUAUGACUUCCUUGCCUCGGCAGGGCGUUGGGCCGUCUAAUGUGCUCGUCAACGAUGUCGCCGCUGGCGUGGUCUACAAUCUAGACCCCAUCUCCGGCAAAUAUUUCAUUGCCAUCAACAACACCUACACACAGGCACAUCAACACACCAACCUUGGGGCUAUAGGCGUUAACGGCAUCAAAACUGAAGACGGAAUGGCUUACCUCACCAAUACAGGUCUAGGCAUGCUUGUAUGUUUUCCCAUCCACGAAAACGGCACAGAAGUCACAGGUGGACCAGUUGAAAUCUUGUCCCACGAGGCGAACUUUACUUGGUUCUACGACGAUUUUGCGCUCCGCGGCACCAUUGCUUAUGUUACGACUGGCUCUGGAAAUUCUAUCGAGCGCGUGGUUGCGCCUGCGGUAGAUUCACGGGGUCCGAUUACUUCCGAGAUUGUGGCAGGUAGUCUCAAUUCUACGAUUGUAGCAGGACCAACAGCUGCGGCUUUUGGGCGCACGCCUUGGGAUAGUCAUAUCUUGUAUGUUACUACAAGUGGGGCGUCGAAUGUACCUGUGGACGGGAGGGUUAGGAUUGGCGCACAGGUGCUGGCUAUUGAUACCAAAUUAUGCUCAUGGUCUUAG